GCACGGCGGGGCCGGGGCGCUCAGCGGGACGAGCCGUGCUGCGGGCAGCAGUCGGUGUGAGUCGGGCGGGACGGGAGCCCCCGCGGGGAGAAGGGACACACGCUCCCGUCGUGGCUAAAUCUCGGCUCCAGAUGCGUUUUAGAAAGCAGCCGCAGAACAGCUGGGAUGAAAGGGGCUGAGGCGAGAGAACUUCUGUCCCUGGCCGGUUCGGUUUGCUCGAGUAUGCCGGUGUUUGUAUGGCACGGGAGCAGCCGCUGGAAAAGUUCAUGAGUGUUUUGCAAGUAGUUCUGGAUGUCCCGCCCCCAGGACUCGUUAAGCUUGUGGUGCUGGGCUGUUCAUUUAAAUGAGGAGAGAGCUUCCCUCCGAGCACAAAGCAGCUGGGACAGGCCCCUGAAGGCUCGGCUUUUCUGGGAGAAGUAAGCGUGGAGGAGGGAAGGGGAAUCCUUUCAUCCAGCCCUACCGACCGUAGCCAGGUUGUGGAGAUCUGCAGAAGCGUCACCCACGUUCCACAGACGCCUUUAAUGGUGUGAUUGUUUUUAACUGGACGGAAGCAGUUGCUUAACGACCAACUUCUGCAAACUGUGGCACACAGAUGGACUUUUAAUGAUGUUCCAUCCCGCAGCCUUGUGGGGGACUAUUUUAUGUCAUCUCUACAGAGCAAAAUCAAUAUCUUUAAAUACAGACGUGCCUGUUUCCUUUUUUUUUUUCCCCUGGGUCAUGUACUAAACUGUUCUGCCCUGCAAGCACCAAAAUUUAACAUAGACUUUAAACAGCUUCAAAUUCCAAAGCUUGAGCAAUAUGUUAAAAUUGAGAAUAUACGGUGUGCAGGUCAUGGAGAAGGUUCUCAAGAUGGCUGAAGGCAUUGACAUCGGGGAAACGAGGUCCUACGAGUUGGUGCCCAACAGGAAGCUGAAGAGAUACCGCUCUCCAUCGGACAGUCCAGAGCCAGAAGGGGCUCCCGAGCCACCCAAAAAGGUGGUCCCCAAGUUCCGAGUGCGACCACGCUUUGAGCCCAUACAUUUUGUCAGCAGCGCUGAGAAGGAUGGCAAGAAGGACAAUUCUCUGGAUAACCAAAGGCAGGAGGUGAACCAGGAGGCAAAUACAAACAGCGUGGCACAGCCAGCUGAAAACUGUACAAAUUCUCUUGUGAAUGCACGGGAGGUGAAUCCCCAGGUCUCCAGCUCAGCUGGGCUUGGCUUUACAGGCCCAGCAGCAGCAGCCAAGAAGGCUGUGAAUAGUGUGGACUCUAGCACAAGCAACGCCGGGCCGGUUUCUGUUUCCCCUUCUACUGCCCCGUCCGCAUCAGAGACUUUCCCUCCAUCAGCAAUAAUGCUGAAGCAGAGCUUUAUGGAGAAACUGUCAGCAGCUGUCUGGAAAAAUCUUACUAAUCCAGAUGCAAACACUGGGACGGAUAAAAUUAAUUUCACGUAUCUUUUGACACGUUCAAUUCAGGCAUGCAAGACAAACCCUGAAUAUAUUUAUGUUCCUCUGAAAGAGAUCGCCCCUGCUGACCUGCCCAAGAGCAAGAAGCUCCUGACAGAUGGCUUCGCUUGCGAGGUGCGAUGUCAGAACGUCUACCUGGCCACCGGCUACGCCGGCAGCAAGAACGGAUCCCGGGAUCGAGCCGCGGAGCAGGCAGUGAAGCUGCUGAAGAAAUCCGUGGAAGUUCGAGUUGUUCAGCGCAAGUUCAAGCACACCUACCACGAGGACCUGGUGGUGUGUGAGGCAGGCGUGUGUCGCCCAGAUUUCCCUCCCGCUCUCAAACCUCACGAGGAGUUCGUAGUUGCCAACAGGGACUGUGUCCCAAUGCAGCCCGGUACUGAAUCCAUGAAGGGUUCCACAAAUGCCAACAAAGAUUGGACUAGUUUUGUCCUCACAGAGAAUGCCAGCGAUGCAAUAGGAAUACUUAACAAUUCUGCCUCAUAUAACAAAAUGUCCGUUGAAUAUAAGUAUGAAUUAAUGCCCAACCGCUCGUGGCGUUGUCAGGUGUAUCUCCAGGAUCACUGCCUGGCCGAGGGAUUUGGCACAAAAAAGACCAGCAAGCACGCGGCAGCUGAGGAGGCACUGAAAAUCCUGCAGAAGAUGCAGUCAAAUAUAGCAUCCCUCAAAGUGACCCAGGUGCAGAAAGUGGGCUGCUCAUCACGGGGCUCCGGGAGGAAGAAGGACCUGAAGGACCUGGUGAUCUACGAGAACUCCAGUAACCCGGUGUGCACCCUGAACGACACCGCCCAGUUCAACAAGAUGACGGUGGAGUACGUCUUUGAGAGGAUGACAGGCAUGCGAUGGAAAUGCAAGGUGAUGCUUGAAGAUGAAUUCAUUGCAGAAGCAGUUGGAGUGAAGAAAUCUGUCAAGCAUGAGGCAGCAGAGGAAGCUGUGAAAAUCCUCAAAAAGACUCAGCCAACUGUUGUUAAUAACCUGAAGAAAGGCACUGUUGAAGACGUCAUCUCCAGAAAUGAGAUUCGAGGUCGAUCAGCAGAAGAGGCUUUCAAACAGAAGAUCAAAGAAGACAACAUCGGAAACCAAAUUUUAAGAAAGAUGGGCUGGACAGGCGGUGGCCUAGGGAAAGACGGUGAAGGAAUUAGGGAGCCUAUUUCAGUAAAGGAGCAGUUCAAAAGGGAAGGACUUGGGCUUGAUGUGGAAAGGGUGAACAGAAUCGCUAAGAGAGAUAUUGAAGAGAUCAUUCGAAACUAUGCACGUUCAGACAGUCACAUUGACUUGACUUUCUCUAGAGAACUGACCAUGGAUGAGCGGAAGCAGAUACAUCAAAUUGCCCAAAAAUACGGUCUUAAAAGUAAAUCCCAUGGACAGGGACACAACAGAUACUUGGUGGUGAGCAGGAAGCGGCGCAAGGAAGAUCUGUUAGACCAGCUGAAGCAGGAAGGCCAGGUUGGGCAUUACGAGCUUAUCAUGCCCCAAGCAAACUGAGGUGAGGUGUCCCCUUUGACCAGAGACUGAGUUUCCUGGACACUCAACUAAAGAAAGAGAUGCUGCAUUUUUCUCGUGGGUAAUAAUGACAUUAAAGUCUUUUCCUUUGGCAAUAUAAUUUCUAAAAUGUUGUUAGGUGUUUAGAACCGACCGAAUUCUGUUCAAGCGCAUUAGCACAACCCAAAAGCAGUAGUGCUGUUACUGUAUGUGUCUUUGAUAUUACUUGUUCCUUCACAUUUUAAUAGUUUUGUAAUAGCAAACACACAUGUCCAGCGAGAAGGAAUGAAUUUGACAUAAUUUAAAAUUAUAGGUCCCUUACUCUUCUUGAGCAAGGAAGGAAAAAAAACUUUAAAAAAAAAUUUAAAAGCAAAGGAAAUGCAGUCUGGGGGCAUAAACUUGUAUGUAAAAUUGGUAUUAAUUACAACAAAAAUAAAGUUUUAUUUCUGGAAAAAAAA